CGCGGAACUGUAUAUAAGAGGUUUCGGUCAAGACAACUUUUUUAGCCUCGCAUUUGCAUCCCGACCACUGUAUCAUUUGGCACCUCGACGAUCAUCAUGCCAAGACCUCUGCAAAUGCCCUACAUUUUCGAGGAUCGGACAGCCCGUGUAACUGGCUCGGAUUAUGAUGACAUCUACGACCGCAUGUUCAUACGUGUCGUGCCUCAUCCACGUUCUCCUGCCAGAGACGACGCCGUUUUGGCUAUCUAUAACAUGGGACGCCGUUCAACCCGACACGGAGACACGCGGCAUCUGGAGAGACAGCCUUCAGUGGUACUUGAGUUUGCAGAGGGUGCUGCAGGAGGACUAGGAAAUAUUUCCUUUUUCUACCCUCCUGCGCCCAGCAUGACGAUUCCGAUGAACAGAUACCUACGAAGAACGGCCUUUUUCGGAGGAUCUCUCUCCAGAAAAUUCCGGGCGGGUGACGGCCGGGAAUACAGAUGGGAACACCAAAGCGCAGAUGGCCACGAGUGGUCGUGCAUUUCAGAAGAAAAUUACCUUGUCGCUCAUUAUGAUCUUCGUCAACCGCACAUGCCAGCUUAUGGCGUCUCCGGAAACACUCUGACCGUUCACGAAUCAUGUUGUCACCUUUCCAUAGACAUUAUGGCUUCGCUCCUCAUCAUGCGCUACAUUGCAGAGCACAACCUGUAGAUACACAGACCGUACCACAUUUCAUACUUACCUCAAAAUUGCCCACCUCCAAGGCAAACUUCGCAGUCAUGCUAAUUACUUCAUGCUGUAACAUAUCCCAUUGUCAUGGACAACGAAUACUCAAUGAUCAGGCAGGAUCUUCUUUACACCCUUUUCUUUCUUGCAAUGAACAAGAUUUGAUGACCCCCCGUCCCCUUAUUUCCGUCCUGCCUAAUUGAUCUGUUAUCCUUACAUUCGCGUAAUACCGAGGGGAGUGAACUCGGCGGAACAAACCAUUUAAAAUGACAAAGAGCU